AGUCUUAUCACACCAUAAUACUAUCAGACUGCUGAUACCAAUGCAGGGUGAAAGGGGACCACAAGAUGUGAACCACUAUAAAAAUGGAAUAGAAAACUAUUUAGUAUUUUAAAAAUAAAAAAUAGAUUGGAGUAUAGUUCAGCCCAGUCUAAUUCAAAAGACAAAAUACUCAGAAAUAAUUAAAAUACGUAUUUCAAAUACAUGUAGCAUGAAUACUGACUGUCUCUGCCUACUACCCAACACACUGUCAUACUUCCUUAUCAAAGAAACCACACCCCCUCUACAUACAGAGAACAGUCCAGUAGGAAGCCACUCCCUGUCCUCUGGUGUAGAGUUACAUGAAACAGAAAGUCAUCUUUGACACUGCCAUUGCAGUGUGCAGCUUAACCUACAGGAGAGAGCACCAAAAUGGCAGAGAAUCAGGAACUGUUCUGUUGCUCCAUCUGUCUGGAUCUACUGAAGGAUCCGGUGACUACUGCCUGUGGACACAGUUACUGUAUGGACUGUAUUAAAGAAAGCUGGGAUCAGGAUGUUCUGAAAGCUGUCUAUAGCUGUCCACAGUGCAGAGAGACCUUUAUCCCAAGGCCUGUUCUGAACAGGAGCACUGUACUGGCUGAAGUGGUGGAGAAACUGAAGAAGACAGGACUCCAAGUUGCUCCCCCUCCUGCUCUGUGCUAUGCUGGACCUGGAGAUGUGGCGUGUGAUUUCUGCACUGGGACCAGAAAGCAGAAAGCCCUCAUGUCCUGUCUGGCGUGUCUGGCCUCUUACUGUGAGACUCACCUCCAACCUCACUAUGAAUCUCCUGCUAUCAAAAAGCACAAGCUGGUCAAAGCCACCGCACAACUACAGGAGAAGAUCUCCUCUCAUCAUGACAAACUUCUGGAGGUUUACUGUCGUACCGAUCAGCAGUGUAUAUGUUAUCUGUUUACAAUGGAUGAACAUAAAAGCCAUGAUACAGUGUCAGUUGCAGCAGAGAGGACUGAGAAACAGUGUAGCAGUAAUAGAUGUAUCAGAAAUACGUGCUGGCUCUCUGUCACUCAGAGGAGGGGGUGACGAGGGCCUCAGCCAGCCCCAGUAGGAUGUACUGGAUGCAGGCCAUGGAGGACACCUGGAGCACCUUCCCUGACAGGGCCUGCUCUGUCAGAUUAUAGCUCUUCCUGUGGACCUCUACCAGGACAGACAGGGACACUACCAGGACAGACAGGGACACUUCCAGGACAGACAGGGACACUUCCAGGACAGACAGGGACACUACCAGGACAGACAGGGACACUACCAGGACAGAAAGGGACACUACCAGGACAGACAGGGACGCUACCAGGACAGACAGGACGCUACCAGGACAGACAGGGACGCUACCAGGACAGACAGGGACACUACCAGGACAGACAGGGACGCUACCAGGACAGACAGGGAUGCACACCCAUGACCCAGCACUAGGAGAGGAGAGGAGAGGAGAGGAGAGGAGAGGAGAGGAGAGGAGGGGAGGGGAGGGGAGAGGAGAGAGAUCAGAAAGAGAGAGACAUUUACAUUGACUGAGUCACUGAUGAUGAUGGUAUUUUUGCAUGUGUGUACCAUGUCUGUGUGUGUGUGUGUGUGUGUGUGUGUGUGUGUGUGUGUGUGUGUGUGUGUGUGUGUGUGUGUGUGUGUGUGUGUGUGUGUGUGUGUGUGUGUGUGUGUGUGUGUGUGUGUGUGUGUGUGUGUGUGUGUGUGUGUGUGUGUACAGAAAGCAGACAACCUCAAUAUGGUUUAAUUCCUGUAGUUAUCAGAAUACAUGGGUGUGUCCCAACUGGAUGGAUGGAUGGAUAUUCUCUCUCUCUCUCUCUCUCUCUCUCGUGUUGAUUGAUUUUGUUUCCACAGAGACCUGACUAACUGAGCAAGAAAUGUUAUCGAUGAUUGUACUUUUAGGACUUUUCUAUUGGUUCCAUUUCAACAAUCUCACCCAAACACUGCUUAUUAAGUAU